UGUGCAAAAAACCCCAUUCAACGGCCUCUGCGCCGCCACCCUCCACUCCAAUUCCUCCUCCGCCGCCGACGUCAAGUCCCUCGCCUCCACCCUCACAAACUUCGUCCUCUCCAACGCCACGGACAAGCUGUCCUCAUCCAGGCCCAGCUAAAGCAUGAGAAGGACCCCAAGGCUGAGAAGACCCUGGCGAAUUUCGCCGAGCUCUACAUUCCCGUGGUGAAAUACAACCUGCCGCAGGCGAUCGAGGCCUUCUUCAGGGGCUACUACGACUUCACCAGGUACGCCCUUUACGACGCCGCCAACCAGGCCGGCGCGUGCGAGGACAAGUUAUCCGGUGCCGACGGCGGGGAUCUGAGCGCGAGGAACAAGGUGGUGGGCGUUGGGUCGGGUCUGGUCUGGUUAGGUUAG